AUGGUAAGCAAAGUUCAAAAACUUAUCCUCGGUUUAUUAUGUCUGCUACUCUUCCUGGAGCCAUCUUCCCAGCAAGACACAUUAGUGCAAGGACAUGAAAUCACUGAAUUAGUUUCAGGUCAAGGAAACUUUAGAUUGGGAUUCUUCCCCCUUGUACGUAACAAUUACUAUUUAGGCAUAUGGUACAAUGACAACCGUGCACCCCUACAUGAGAAUGUGGUGUGGAUUGCCAAUCGAGACACUCCAAUCUUUAACAAUUCUGGAAGUCUUACUAUUGACGGUUACGGGAAUUUGAAAAUUUCAUACAAUGGGGGGCUUUCUAUUGUGUUAUAUUCUGGACAAGCAAGUAAUGAUACUGCUGCUGCUCUACUUGAAAAUGGUAAUUUUGUACUGCGUGAACAGAGUACAGGGCGACAAUUGUGGCAAAGCUUUGAUUAUCCUACUGACAUACUUCUGCCAGGAAUGAAACUUGGAGUUAAUCGUAAAACAGGACAUAUUUGGUCUCUAAGAUCAUGGAGCGGCUCUAUGGUACCUAAGGUAGGGGACUUCACCUUUGGCAUGGAUCCUAAACAUACAGAUCGAUUAGUCAUCUUAUGGCAUGGGAACAACUAUUGGACUAGUCAGGCUUUGAACAACAGCCAUUUCAACUUACCAAAUUGGCUCUCCAAUUUUGACUAUGUAUCGAAUGAGAAUGAAACAUACUUCACUUACUCUAUGGGAAAAGACAUCACAACAUCCCAACGGUUAACUAUAGAUUACUUGGGAAACCUUAAUGGUUCCAGCGGAACUCUAGUCCGCUGUGAUCCUUAUUACGGAACUGAAGGAUGUGCGGAGCAAAAGCUUCCUCAGUGCAGGAUUAUUGUUCAAUAUAAUACUUAUUCCGAUGGGUUCUUGUACAAAAGUAGACAUGGAUUCAAGUUUAAUGAAAGUGACAUCCUGUCCGUUAGGGAUUGUGAGGCCAAGUGCUUGAACAAUUGUUCUUGUCUUGCUUACGCAUCUACAAAUGAGGAUGAAGAUGCUGGCUGUGAAAUUUGGGGCUCAGACUCGUCUUUUUCAGUUCAUCCUACUGGUGCACGGAGAGUAUACAUGCUUCUUCGAAAGAGACAAAAGAAACAAAAUAUGCUAAUACAAGAACUUGGAGGUAAUGCAAGACCUACCACUGUAUUUGAAAAGGUACAUAAACAAAAUAAAGAUGGGCAAGCAAAUCAUGAGUUGCAAAUCUUCAGCUUUGAAAGCAUUCCUGUUGCUACAAGUAAUUUCUCAAGUGAAAAUAAGUUAGGAGAGGGUGGUUUUGGACUAGUUUAUAAGGGUAAAUUAUCUAAUGGGCAAGAAAUAGCAAUAAAGAGACUUUCAAGAAAUUCUGGACAGGGAUUGGUAGAGUUCAAGAAUGAAGCUGUUCUCAUUGCCAAACUCCAACACACUAAUCUCGUAAGGCUUUUUGGGUUUUGUGUUCAAGAAGAAGAAAAAAUAUUAAUCUAUGAGUAUAUGCCCAACAAAAGCUUAGACUUCUUUCUCUUUGAUAGGUCUAAAAAGUAUUUAUUAAAUUGGAAAAAACGCUUCAACAUCAUUGAAGGCAUUGCUCAAGGACUUGUUUAUCUCCACAAAUAUUCAAGACUAAGAGUAAUUCAUCGAGACUUAAAAGCAAGCAACAUUUUGCUUGAUGAGGAGUUGAAUCCAAAAAUAUCUGAUUUUGGUAUGGCUAGAAUAUUUGGGUUGAAAGGAUCAGAGGAAAACACAAAUAGAGUUGUCGGAACGUACGGUUAUAUGUCCCCGGAGUAUGCAAUGAAUGGCGUCAUUUCAAUCAAAACUGAUGUAUUCAGCUUUGGAGUCCUAUUAUUAGAAAUUGUGUGUGGCAAGAAAAAUAAUAGUCGCUAUCAAUCUCAUGAUCUACUCAACCUUAUAGGAUAUGCAUGGCAAUUAUGGAAUGAAGGUAAGGGUCUAGAGCUAAUAGACCUUGCAAUACUAGAUGAAUCAUGUCCUAUAUCUGAAGUAUUGAGAUGUAUCCAUGUCAGUCUCUUAUGUGUACAAGACCAAGCAACAGAUAGACCUACCAUGCUAGAUGUUGUUUCUAUGCUUUCAAAUGAAACCCUUCAACUCUCUCCUCCAAAACAACCUGCAUUUUUUAUCAACACAGUUGUAGGAGAGCUAAGGGAUUCUAUAAUUGAGUCAGAAAAUUGCUCCUUAAAUAAUGUCACAAUUUCAGUGAUGGAAGCGAGAUAA